AUGGGCUGCGCCCAAUCGAAUGUAGCCGGAGAGGAAGUGUUCUUCUGCGGCAGCGGCCAGAAGCUCUUCCGCGGCCAGCGCGGCAAGGUGGAGAAUGUGCGGCGAGGUCAGGUCAUUGUCAGCUUCGAGGGAAGAGGAUCCCCGGUGACGCUGGCGCCGGAAGACGUGUCACGCGAGCUGCCGGAGCUUUAUGACCCCAUCGGUGCCAAAGUGUACUAUGGCGGGCCCCGAUGCACGUACGCCAACGGCGAGUCCCUGAACUUCGGCCAGCAGGGCGAGCUGUGCGGGUCGUAUGGAACGGUCUCGGGCGGCGACAGCGACCUGCUGGCGGUGCGCUUUGCGCACCUCGCGGAGGUGAAGACGCUGCGCAGGGUGGUGGUGUUCGUUGGUCCCAUCCGCAUCUCGGGGAGCUUCGAGCUGGGGGAGCAGGUCUACUGGUGCGGCACCGACUUCACCUUCGCCGACGGCGAGCAGCUGAGCUUUGGUGCCGUCGGGGAGAUCGCUGGGUGCACCAGCGUCUGCGACGGCUAUGACCACGAGCGCGUGGCGGUGCUCUUCGCCCAUCGCGCGGCGCCCGUGGCAGUGCGCUGGGCGGAGCUGUGCCGCGCGAAGCCCCGCUUGCCCAACGGCCUGCAGGUGGGGGACAAGGUCUACUACGCCUGCCCCACCUGGACCGCCCCGGACGGCUCGGAGCUGACCUUCGGAGCCGAGGGGAAGGUGUCGGGCUGUUCGCUCUUGGGCGACGGCAGGGACGACGAGAGGCUCUGGGUGAACUUCGAGAACGUCCACGGCUGCAUCAGCCUCGGCCAGCUGAGUUUGGACCGGCCGUUCAUCCCCGGAGGUUUCCGGUGCGAGGAGCAACUCUUCUACUGCGGCCCCACCAGGACCUCGCCGGAAGGCGAGACGCAGCGCUUCGGGAGCCGCGUGGCGGUGGCGGGCGGCCGCAACGGCCACGUGGCGGUGGUCUUCCCCGGGCACGAGGACUGUUCAGAGGUACCGCUCCACGAGCUCUCCCGCGACAAGCCGGUGAUACCAGGAUCCUUCGAGCACGGGGAGAGGAUCUUCUACGUGGGGCCCAGCUGUCGCUAUGAGCCGGGCGGCUGCUUGAUCUACGGCGCUGUGGGCCAAGUGGUGGGGCGGUCCUGCCUGGGCGACGGCAAAGACGAGCAGCGGCUCAGCGCCUUCUUUCAGAGCGGCGGCUCGGCGGCGGCGGUACCUCUUUCGGAGGUGGCCCGACAGGUGCCAGAGGACUUGACCCGUCGCCUCCUGGCGCAACUCGCGAAAUCCGCGGAGGAUAUGCCGACGUCGCCGGCCUCCCCGCGGCGCGCGGCGUCGAGGUCCAAGUCUUUGGACUUCGCGUCCGAGCGCUGGACUUCGGAAGCGGAGGAGCAGGUGCCGCUGGAGAGGGUGCCCACGCUGGUGACUCCCCGGCUCCUCGGAACCUCAGGCGUCGUGCGGAUGGAGCUUGAGGACCUCACUACGGCCGCCGUGACCGCAGCAGUCUUCCGUGUCGCCAAGGACGCCGGGCUGGACGAGGUGGCGCAGGAGGCGGAAGCCAUGGGCCAUCAGCAGGUGGCGCGGGCCUGCGAGGCCGAGGACCUUCCGUUGCUCUCGGAGAUCUGCCGAGAGGCUGAGGAGCAGUGCUGGGAGGAGCUGCAGCAGGCCGCCCGGGCCAAGCUGACGCAGGUGGCUCUUGGCAAGUUGCAGGAGAAGGAGUCAGCCGCGCGAUGCCAGCAGCAGCUCACGCAGAUCCAGGAUGUCUCCAUCCCAGACAUGCAGUGCUUGUUGAACGAGACCUACACCGGUUGGGGCGCUCAUGGACGAGGCACUCGGACCAGGGACCGCGCGGGCGCGGCGCCGGAGAGUCUGGAGGUGCAGCGCGUGGUGGCGCUGCGGAAGGAGGAGGUCUACCUCAAGUACCUCAUCCGGCAGAAGGUCAUCGAGAGCGAGAUGCCCUGUGGCGCCGCGCGCUGGGACAUCCGCACGGCUUCGACUUCUUCGAGGUCGCGUCUUGGCACCCUGAGGGCUGAUCUCAACGAGUGCUACUUGUGGCACGGCACCGGGCCCAAAGAGGCCACGAGCAUCGCGCGCCAGGGCUUCGACCUGCGCCAGGCGGGCACUGGGCGCGGCUCGCUCUUCGGGCGCGGGCUCUACUUUGCAGAAAGCUGCUUGAAAGCUGACGAGUAUGCAAAGCCCAAUGCCGACAUGCUAUUCCCGCUGAUCCUGUGUCGGGUGACUCUGGGCAACGUGAACUACUGCGAUGCGGAGGAUCCGCUGGGCGACGCCUUACGGAGGUCUUGCAGGGCGAGCACCGAUUUCUUCCACUCGGUGCUCGGGGACCGCGAAAAGCUGCGGCAGACCUUCCGGGAAUUCGUGGUCUUUGAGGAUCACCAGGUGUUCCCCGAGUAUGUUGUGUGGUACCGGCGCAAGUGGGCUGACGGAAGCUAG